AUGUCAUUAUUUUCGUUAUUUUGUAUCAUUCUAGUGAAUCCUCUUACGAGUUCUUUCCCGGUUGAUAUUGGCAAAACAAACUCUAUUGAUGUUAAUUUUGUUGAUGCCAAUGAUCUGACGCUGUGGAAAGUUAGCAUAUCUACCAGAGAAAAAAACGGCAAAUAUGAUAAACUUAAAAAGAAUCCUUGUGUGGAAAUUGUUAAAGAAAUAGGAGGUGGGGAUCUUGGAGUAUUGUUGAAUCUUCUUAAGGAGCACAUCCAUAUAAUCGUGCAACUGCCACCACCCGCCACCACUAGUAAGAGUCUUCCAAUGAGAAAAGAAGACACAGAGACACAGAUGAAGAAAGCGGAAUCCAAAAAAACAGAAACGAAUACGUACAUGUCGAAAACCUUAGCUUCUCUUCUUACUUUGUCACUAUUACAAUCUCCUGUCAUAAAAGUUCCUUUUCACAAGUUUAAUGAUCAUGAUCAAGCUCUAAAUUCAUUGUUGAAAGUUGCUCAUUUUAACUACCAAGGUCAUAAAAGUCCUGACCACAAAGAUAAUAGAUUUAUCCUAAUUCCUAGAGGAAUAGGAAUAGGGAUUAUACAGACAGGUUGGGAAUUAAAAUAUCUGAUCCCAAAAAGUGACAAAGUAAUUUCAAGUGUUCAAAUUGCAGCGCGUAUGGCAGAAGCUUCAGGAUUGGUAUCUAAAGAUCUAUCCGAUUUGUCAGAAACAAAUGUUAAGCUUUUUUGCCUUCCUGACGUGAUUUAUAAGAUUCUUAAAUGCCGCCCUAAAAGUGUUCAAGCCAUCAUAAUUCAUUUUGACGAGGAGAUUGGUAGUAUCAUGCAUGAUAAUAAUAUGACAAAUAAAUACCAUGGAAGAUAUUUUAUCAUCCCAAUCUGUACGAGUACAUCUGCUAUAGACAUUCACUCUUUACCUACAGAACAUACUCAAGAAUUAUUAGAGCUCAGGUUUUCAAAACUUGACAAAACUUCUAAUAUUCUAAUAUUUCUGAAAUCUUUGAAACUGCUAUAA